AUGUCUACGAGAACAAUAAAUGCAAAGAGUGUAUUUGUUGGAAAUAUACCUUAUGAUGCAUCAGAGAAGGAGUUGAUUGAUAUAUUCUCAGAGGUUGGAAGAGUGGUCUCGUUCAGACUUGUGGAGGAUAGGGACACAAAGAAGUCCAAAGGUUAUGGAUUCUGCGAGUACUUGGAUGCAGAGACAGCACAGAGCGCAAUACGUAAUCUAAACAAUCGAGAGUAUAGCAAGAGAAACCUAAGAGUGUCAUACGCUGACAAUGACAAGGCAAAUGAGAUGGCAUCACCGCCACCCAAUGACCCGCGUCUAGGUGGUGGCGGCGGAGGUGGCGGUGGAGGUGGAGUUGGAGGUGGUGGUGUACCAAACCAAUGGAGGAAGGAUGAUAUGAACAUGGGAGGUGGAGGUGGACCAAUCUACAUGGAUCAACAACAGCAACAACAACAACAACAACAGAUGCAACAGAUGCAACAAAUACAAAUGCAACAGAUGCAGGGCAAGAAGGAUGGUCUGCAAAGUCUCAUUGAGAGUGUAAACCCUGCGGACCUCUUUGAAGCGAUGUCAAAGAUGAAGCUGAUGAUACAACAGAACCCUGAUCGAGCAAGGGCAAUGCUGAUGUCGAACCCUCAACUGGCGCUUGGUCUGCUACAUGCUCAGGUGGUACUGGGCAUGAUCGGCCAAAACACAGUUCAACAGCUAAUAGCAAUGAGCCUAAAGGGCCAGCAACCACAGCAACAGCAGCCAAUAAACCAGCAACAACAACCACAGACGCCACAACAACAACAACAACCACAGUUUAAUCAACAACAGAACUCACCGAUGUUCCAAGCACAGAUGGGCGGACCCUCACAGCAAGUACAGAUGGGCGGUCCUCAGAUGGGCGGCCCACAGAUGGGUGGACCAAUGAACAUGCCACCUCAGAUGGGUGGUCCACAGAUGGGCGGCCCAAUGAACAUGCCACCUCAGAUGGGCGGUCCAAUGAACAUGCCGCCACAGAUGGGCAGCCCGAUGGGUGGUCCGCAACAGAUGGGAGGCGCGCCAUGGAACAUGAAUAUGAAUGCGCCACGAGGUCCGAUGAACAUGCCUCCGCAGAUGGGUGGCCCACAACAGAUGGGCGGUCCAAUGGGUGGUCCUAUGGGUGGUGGCCCCAUGCCGCCACAGAUGGGUGGACCUCAACAGAUGGGCGGACCAAUGGGCGGCGGUCCAAUGAACAUGCCAAUGGGAGGUGGACAAAUGAUGGACAACAAUAUGCAAGGUGGUGGAAUGAAUAUGCCUAUGGGUGGACCGAUAAAUGUACCGCCACCUCCUCCCAACUUAACGCCACAGGCCAUGGCCAAUUGGAAUUUGAUGCCGCCACAACACAAACAGUUUGUACACUACGUUCUGGGACUGUCGCCACAACAAAUACAAAAGGAUAUACCUCUACAACAACGCGAUAAGGUGCUCAACAUUAUCGCACAGUACCGAGGAAAC